CAGAAUCAGCGGCAAACAGGGUGACUGUAACUACUGACACUGAUACAGACACUCAUGGCACAUGGAAACAGUUUGGAUGACACCGCCACUGGGAGCAUGUCUCUUUAUCUGUCAUCUGGAGAUACACUGACAGGGGGUCUGCUGAACAUUUUGUCUUUUAGGACGGAGCUGCUGACGACGGUGUGCUGCCAAUUUUGGAGAAAUGACCAGUGAGACAAUGAUUAACCUGGCUGCCAACGAGGGUGUAUGUGUGUCACUGUCAGAGGUGUCAGUGUCAGUGUGUGUGUACAUGACAGGAGGUGAAAGUCUGGAUGACGGACAUAGAUAACAAAUAAAGCAGAGCAUUUGACAUAGACAGAGCCGAAGGACAGAGACAGAGAGACAAUAUGCAGGAACACAGACUGUGACAGUGUUUUUUCUCCUGCAUUAUUGCUGUUUUGAGUGGAUAGUCUUUUGUAAUAGGCAGUAAAUCAAACUCACAAGGAUUGUAUUUCAUCUUAAAAAGCAUUUGUUCUAAAAGUGUUUUCUGGCUCGCUUGGUCCAAUGCAGCCUGCAGAGUAUAAGUGCCAUUUACAAGUACAGCAGCAGCAGCAGCAGCACACAAGCUGCGACUAUGUCAAGGUCUGAGGAAGCAGUCAGAGUCUGAUAGAGCAAGAAAAAAAAACAUUUUUUUUUCUACUGGAGAAGCGGGAACAGGUUCAACAGAAAUACCAGUGGUGAAUACAAUCUGUACAGGCUGCAGGCUCUACCUCCUCAUCCUCUGCUCCAGCUGCAACUUCAGCUCCUGCAGCAAACGAACAUAAUCAAAUCCUCAACUAGUCCAGCGUCUGGCUCCAUAACCUGCGGCAGUCUCAGUUGUUGCCAUGGCAUCAGCAGCUCUGGAGCUGAUGGGCUUUUUCUUGGGCUUGCUGGGGAUGCUGGGGACCCUGGUCGCCACAGUGCUCCCGUACUGGCAGAUUUCUGCCCACAUCGGCUCCAACAUUGUCACGGCCGUGGCCAACAUGAGGGGCCUGUGGAUGGAGUGCGUCUACCAGAGCACAGGGGCCUUCCAGUGCGAGACCUACAACUCCAUGCUGGCUCUGUCCUCCGACCUGCAGGCCUCUCGUGCCCUCAUGGUCAUCUCCCUGGUGUUGUCUACCGUUGGCAUUGCUGUGGCGGUCCUGGGGAUGCAAUGCACUCUCUGCUUGGAGGGCACGGGUGCAGUUAAGAGUCGCGUGGCGGGCACUGGCGGGGGCCUGUUCCUUGCUGCAGGUUUCCUGUCACUCAUACCAGUGGCGUGGACCACACAUGAGGUGGUCCAGACUUUCUACCGACCCAACCUACCUGCCAGCAUGAAGUUUGAGCUGGGGGAGUGUUUGUAUGUCGGUCUGGCCUCUGCGCUGAUCUCCAUGCUGGGAGGGGGGAUGCUGUGCGUCUCAUGCUGCGAGGAGCAGGACGGCGGGCGUGGAAGACGCCUCGGCGGGGGGUAUCCAUAUCCAGUCGGAGGCGGCAUGCCGGGCGCAGGUGUACGGACAACCUCACAGACCUACCGCAACCCCACCCUGCAAGUGGGGGGCAUCCACGCAGCCAGCAGGGGGCAGAUGCUGGUCCGCAGCACCAGUGGCAGUUCCCAGCUGAGCACACAUGAAACGCAGGGAGCCAAGAAACCCACCGCAGCAGGAUAUGACAUCACAGGAUAUGUCUGAGGCUACUGUCACUCCAUCACACCUUUGUGUAAAAUGUGUAACUGUAGCAAACUAUUUUACAGUUUUGUCUCUGGGAAUGUUUGAUCUUUUCCUUACGACUGCACACGUUUCUAGGCGGAAGAUGUCAUACAUUUCCACUACUUUGAUAGCAACUCAUCUAUUAUGUAGAAAAGCCAUGAAAAUGAGCAGCAAACUACACACACAGAUGAGCUGAAGAUGACUUCAAAAUACCCCUUGAUCGUGUUUAUCAUUUUCAUAACACAUGGCUGGAUCUGUCUGUGAAACCAGGUGCUUUGUGUGUGGAUGCCUGGCAGUGUCUCAGUCUAGAAAUGUAUAUUCGCAACAUUUGUGAAAAAUAUAACACAUUUGAGGGUGUUCACUGCCUCACUGCCCCGUUUUAAAAUGUGUUUUUUUUUAAGCCACGCCUAAAGGUUUGGUGCCACAUGGUGCCUGUUGACAAAGUACAACAUGUUAUGAUUGGAGGUGCGCUUUCACAAAUACAUUUCCAAAGAUCCAGAUUACAUUACAGACAUUUGCGAUCAUCUUAACCUCAGCUGCCGUGUUCUUUCUCUACAUAAAGCCAAGCAGACACUCACUAUUGUAAAGAAAAUAAAAAUAAAAAGUGUAUUUUAACGGCAACGUAUGUCAAAUUGAUUGGUUGGUGGGGAAAUGCUUGGAUUCUUGGACCGUUUAAACAUUCUGACAUUCAGUUGAUUUUUGGUAACUCUUCAUUAUUUGGACAGUCCAGUGUUGAUACUCAUCUGUGAAUACUACGCAACACAUUACAGUCUCUUUAUUGACAGUUAGUUGAUACUCUAGUGGACUGCCCAACAUGAAGAGUAGCCAAAUCAAAAUUCAAUUGUCUUCCUGAUGACAAUUCAGAAAGCUGUUUUCACAUUGAUUAAUAUUGUGCCUUAUUAUUGCUAUCAUAGUGUGAAAACGUGUUGUGUGUUUGGGUUGAGCAGCGGUGGCGGUGAAACCAAUUGUGGUCUUUUUGUUUCAUUCGCCCUCGGUUGAUUGUUCACGAUGGCUGAUGUUUUCAGGGAUGUAUCUACUGAACAUAAAAAGAACCUUUUGUCAACUUGUUCAAGCCAAGCAGCAGAAACUGUUUCUAGUUUGUUCUUUAUUUGGAAAUAAAUGUUAACUUUUCUUA